UCCACCACCAGAUUGGAGCACAAGCUUGAUUUGUCAGAUGCAGAGGAAACAGGUUGACGGUUGUAUUGACCGAGAUGGAUUAUAAAUCACACAAUGUCUUCAAUCUGGGGAUCUAUAAAUCUUGGCUCAUUUCCGGGCAAUGAGUUUGAGCAUUCAUUAGCAACUUCAUCAGUAUUCAGGAACAUAAACAGCCCGAGCCUCAGAUAUCUUUCAAAAUAUUUUCAUUUCUUACAUUUUCAACCAUGCCUGGAUCAACCAAGAUAGCUAUCCCCGAGGGAUCUCGUGUCCUUGUCACUGGCGUCAAUGGCUUCGUGGCCUCCCAUGUAGCCAGCCAGCUGUUGGCGCGCGGCUUCAAGGUACGAGGUACCGUCAGGGACCUGGAGAGGACAUCCUGGGUCAUCAACGAUACUUUCAAGACUUACGCAGAACGCGGUGACUUUGAGGUUGUCGAAAUUCAAGACUUCACCGCCGAUGGCGUUUACGACAAUGCCGUGAAGGGAGUGUCGGCGAUUGCCCAUGUGGCAUCCGUUGUCACCUUCGCACCGGACCCGGAAACUGUCAUUCCUCAGACCGUAGCGGCCACCGUCCGAAUUAUGGAGGCAGCCCUCAAGGAGCCAUCAGUGAAGGCUUUCGUUUAUACCAGCUCAAUCGCAGCCGUCACCAUGUCCGUGCCUGGGAACACAACACAUGUCGACCGGAACACGUGGAAUGACAAAGCCACCCAGCUUGCUUGGUCUCCUCCACCGCCUCCUCAUGAUCAGAACACACAAGGCAGCAUGGUCUACAUGGCAAGCAAAGUCGCGGCGGAGAAGGCUGUAUGGAAGUUUGUCGAGGAAAAGGCCCCACACUUUAGGGUCAACUCUGUCUGCCCUUCUAUGAUUAUGGGUGAACCACUCAACAACACCCAUCUUGAGUCGGUGGGGGCCUGGCUCAGGUAUCUAUGGGAUGGAAAUGUAUCAAACAUUGCACGUUUCCCGGCUACCUUUCAUAUCGAUGUCAAGGACGUUGCCUUGCUGCAUGUUGCUGCCAUUUUAGAUCCAACAGUCAAAAACGAGCGCCUCCAGGCUUGGGCAGAAAACUGCAACUGGAACGACAUACUUGCAAUCAUGCGCAGGUUGUACCCCCAGCAUCACUUUGUCGAAGAUUUCCCAGACGCGACAAAACUUAGCAUCACCACCGAUUUCACGCUGCCUUUGUCCUUGCUGAAAAAAUGGGGAGACCAGGCUGGUUGGAGGACACUGGAGCAAACUGUCCCAGAUAACGUCAAUCCACUUGCGGAACGGGAGCUAAAGGCCUGAUAUUAGCUCCAGUUCCCUUUUGUUUUUAUUUUAUUUUAUUUUUUUUGAAUUUUUUUUCUAACAAUGUCAAUGUCAAUGUCUACUAUAUUCAUGUUCUAGUAAUAUACAAAAUGUACAAAUGUGAAAAUUCUCCUAGUAAAUAUGGUGGUGGUUGUUAGUUGUUAAGGCAUGCAGGUUAGUUUUAGGAAACAACUCGCACUUUGAAGGAUGAA